UAAACCAAAUGAUAUGAGAGGCGCUACAACAAUCAAAGCAUUGACAUAUCCCAGUGCAAGCUAUGAUGAUGCACUUUUUUUGGGCGCGUUCAAUUUCUUCAGGUCCCCAAAUACCACUCAGCUCACUUUUUUGUUGUUGCUCCCGUCCUACCCACUCCAAAGGGAAUCGUUCCAAGGGUCCCACAGGUCCUUUCCUUUGGAGAGCUUGCCCAUUAUUCUUACCUCUCAUGAGCUUCAACCACCAGGUCGUCGUCAUCAUCAUCAUCAUCCCCACAACAAGCCAACCUGACUCCAACUCAUUAAGAUCAAGAGUGGAUGGUGGUGGUGGGGAUGGAUGAGGCACGGCUUUUUCCACAUUUUGGCGCAAGUGAAUCCCGCUUCCCGCGCCAGAAUUGGCUUGACUCCAAAAUAGCUUGAGCAACUCCUCCUCUUCUCGCUCAGUCUGAUCGGUAGGUAGUCCCACACUAGCGAGUCUCUCAUGUCAAGGAGUAACUGGGCACGGACAUCUCCUCCGUUGGUUGAGGCUCUUGUGGAGGCUUCGCACACGCGCUCCAUCUGGAUUCAGGACUUUACAGAGAUGGCAACGAAUCUGGAUGAGAUCGACGAUGAGGAGACGGACGACGAGGAGGAGGAGGAGGAGGAAGAAGAGGCGAGGAGAGCAAGCCAAAAAAGACCGCGGAGUUACCGAGUCACGAAUCGGGAGUUCGAGAGUGAAGAUCUCUUGCAGAGGCAGGAAGCAUUCCCCCUCGUAUUAAAUAAGUUAGUAAUUAAGGUACUGCUCAAAAUGUCGGUUCCACCGAAUUUUGCCAACUCUUUUCUUUCCCCCGUGGUGAAUCGAGGAGUCAGAAAGCCUUUCGGCGAAAUUACCAAUACACCUCCCAGCCAAAGCAAGAGGAAUGCUCGUCCUGGAACAAGCCUGGAGCAGACCCCCGUCAAACCGGAGGUCAGCUCCACUCCCAACGGGGCCUUGGACGACAAAACCCUAACGCCCAUGGCUAAUCUGAAGCUGCUCAUCAGAGUCGCCUCCGAGCAAGCCGUUCAACAGAAGCCCAGUCGGCGAGAAUUGUUCAAGGAGGAGAACGAGGAGAACAUGGACGAGAAUCGGAGUCACGCCCUCAUGGAGGAUCACGAUUACUCCCACGACAGUGGUCGUUUCAGUCUCAGCCAGGCUCCCUCGAGCGCCUCCUCGAACUGUUCCUCCGUGGUUGGAAAAGUGUCACGGAAAGAUAAAUCCUUGGGUCUGCUCUGCGACCGGUUCAUUUCCCGGUUUCCGGUUGAAGUCCAGGGUGACGAGAAAUGUGAAAUUCAACUGGACGAUCUGGCCAAACAGAUGGGAACAGAGCGUCGAAGGAUUUAUGACAUUGUCAAUGUCCUGGAGUCCAUUCAAAUGAUGACGAAGAUAGGCAAGAAUUUGUAUCAGUGGCAUGGAGUUCAUCAUCAAUGCAUGACUUUAGCCUGGCUGAAACAAUUGGCAGAAAAACUCAACAUGGGACAAAGAUAUCGAGAGGUGAAGGAGUUGGAGAGCAACGAAAACGCUCCUUUCGUUCAUUUUUCCCCGCGUAAUGAGAGGGACUUGAAGCGUAGUCCCCUGAGCUACUCACCAGCCAAUUCAUCCUUUUCGAGCAUCUCCUCCGCUUCCUCCAUGUCCCCCUCGCCGUCUCCAAUCGAGCGAAAGACCUCUUUGGGCGUGGCGUGUCAGAAAUUCCUGAUGCUCUUCCUGAUCGCCCAUGAGCCUCAAACUAAAAUCAACCUGGAUUUCGCUGCCAAAGUCAUACAUGGCGUUGGUCUUCCUGAGGCCAUCAUGAAGACUCGGAUUCGACGGCUCUACGACAUUGCUAACAUCCUCCAGUCUUUGAAAUUGAUACAAAAGAUACAGGUGGUGGACUCUCAAGGAGGCAAGAAGCCAGCUUUCCAGUACAUUGGGCCCCUCAUCGAAGGCAUUGAAGUCACCAAAGACAUAUUGAGGACCCUUCCCGUGACGCGUCAGAGGCACUCUCUGUUGACCUUUGGUAAGAACCUCCUUAAUAUCCCGGAUGAUCCCCAAGAGGCGUCCAAGAUGACAACAAAAACGUCUGGUCCCGGAAGAUGGCUUCAAUACCUUCAACGGAAUCUCUCUGGCGCCCAGGCGGGAAUUGAAAAUGCCUAGAACCCAAAGUGUCGAGCACAUGGAUUUCAAGUUUGCCGUUCCACGUGCCAAUCCUCCGGUUUCCCCGCUGACCUAUUUGCCUCUGAAGCGGAGCUCCUCGCUCCUCGACCUCAGUGAUGUGUGUGAGGCCGAAAGAAGCAAAAUCCAAGACCACGGAUCCGCCACCAAUCUCAUCAACUAUCAACAGCCUUACUAUCAGCGGUCCCCGAUUAAACUGUCCAAACCCAAGCCAAAGAUCUCGCCCAUCAAUCGACCCGGUCCCUCGUUACUCAAGCGAGCACUGACCUCACCCGCCCAACUGACGGCAUUCCAUACCUCUCAGCCCCUGAGCAAUCGCCCCAGUCCCAUCCAAGUGUUGCAAUUCCCUAACGAUCAGCCCGCUCCGAGUGUGAUCAACGGACCGAAUAAUCAACAAUUGGUCCGAUUGAACCGCGUCAAUUCCGAGCGUGUUGUUCAGGUUUUGGGCUUAGAGCGAUCCAACUCCACGGAUCGCGUGUAAAUUCUUGACUUAAAGCAAAUUCUCAUUCUCAGCAUGAUCUCAAGGACAAAGGAGGAAUGAAGUGGUUCCCCGUAGAUUUUGGAUUUUGGGCUCGUUUUAGCACGUGAUAUCUAAAAGAAACGAAAAAUGAAAGUGAUCCAGCCCAAAUGAAGGAAUCUAACGUGGACUGCCAGGUGUUUGAUAAUAUAUUUUCUAUACAGUGAAUGGUGGUAACAUGUCAUGGUACUGUAGUCUUUCAAUUAGAUAGAGAUGUCAACGAAUCUCAACCAAACGCAAUGAGCAAGUGUAAUACUACGUAUAGAAUGUGAAGAAACUAGUGGAAACCAAUCAACCCCAUCCAGCCAAACCCCUUUGAAAGAAGUUUCAAGUGCAAUUGAAAGCAACUACCCCGGAUUUUGGAAUCUCAAAUUUGAACCAUUUUCGAUUAAACAACAACCUUCACGAUGAACUCAGUGAAUCAAUCUUUACGCUUAGAAAUUAUAGCAAUCGCGCUUUUAUGUUGUAAAUUUAUUGUCUGUCGCGCAUACUUGUGAAAUACAUCCAUUCAUACGUUGUUGAA